AUGCCCGCCGAGCGUCACAAACACGACGAGGGCGCUCCGUUUGAAUGGAUCGACGUCCUGCGGGGGCAGGUGAUGGAGGCCGGGUUCGACGAGAGCCACGCGCCGCUGAUUUCAGGGCCUGAGGACAUUUGCAACAGACGCCGCAGAGGGCCCGGGAAACUGCGGGACGGCGCCGCGCAGUGGGACGGCGGGGAGGCGCAGCGCUCGGAGACGUCCUGGGCGGCGAGCGCGGCGCGGUUGUUUCUGGCCGGGGGCUGCGCGGGCGCUGUUUCCAAGACCGCGACGGCGCCGCUGGCGCGGCUGACGAUUCUGUACCAGCUCCAGGGCAUGACGCACGCGGCGGGGAAGGCCGCGGUCGUGAGGGACCUCGAGGGUCUCGGCGUGUGGGGCGCGAUGGGGCGGAUCGUCCGCGACGAGGGCGUGCGGUCGUUGUGGCGCGGCAACCUGGCCACGGUGAUACACAGAUUCCCCUACUCCGCCGUCAACUUCUUCAUAUACGAGGAGGCCACCAAGGUCGCGGUCGCCCUGCAGGCCCGGUACGUCUCCAGCGCCGCGCCCGCCGCCCCGGGCGCGACCGCGGGCGGCGCAGCCGACGUGGCACGCCGGGGCGCUGUCGGGUGCGUGUCCGGCAUGCUCGCGUGCCUCGUGGCGUACCCGCUCGAUCUGGUGCGCACGCGGCUGGCGGCGUCGUCGGGCCGCAGCGGCGAGGGCAUCGCGUCGACGCUGCGCGGCCUCGUAAGGGAGGCGGGGGGACUCAGGGGACUGUACCAAGGCGCAGGUAUAACAAUGGUGCAAGUCGGGCCGUCGCUGACGGUCACCUUCUCCGUGUACGAGUCCCUUCGCGCGGAGUACCUGCGGCAACGCCCCGGCCAGGACUCCCCCCCCACGCUCGUGGCGCAAGCGCACGGCGGUCUGUCCGGUUUCGCGUCGACGGCCCUGACGUUCCCGCUCGACACCGUGCGGCGCCGCGUCCAGAUGGCCGCGCGCGACGGCUCCGGCGACGCGGGCGCGCUGGCGGCCGCACGUAACAUCGUGCGCGACGCAGGCUUGCGGGCGUUGUAUCGCGGGUUCCUGCCCGAGUGUCUAAAGGUGGUGCCGGGGUCGGCGCUCGGGUUCGCGGCGUACGAGCUGGCCAAGGACGUCAUGGGCGUUCAGGAGAAGGCGCACUUGAGAUAG